AUGCGUCUGUUUCGGCCGUCGUCUUCCCUUCAACCGCAGCAACUACUGACCGAUCCAUGCAACAUGGAGCCAUCUGAACAAGUUGACGAUGGAACGGAGUGGGUCGAUGGCAAUAGCGAGGCUUGGAGUUCAACCGCUUCUCCAUGUGCUCCCUCGCAAAGUGCGUUAGAGGCAAUGGAUAAGUCACCGCGUGUGAUGAAAGUAUCAUCUCCUUUGUCUUCGACGACGGCGUGUUCCGAGAAAGUGAUUCACAGCAAAAACCAUGACGUGUGCACCGAGAUUUUAGGCUGCGAGACGGGCGUGAAGUACACCGUGAGCGAUUACAGCCGCGACCUGCUGCUGCUGACUUCUCUUGGAUGCAAUGCAGGAGCAAAACGGGCGGCGAAGCGAGAAGAGAAGAAGAUGAAGAAGAGGAACUACUACAGGGUUGCGUCAUCUGGGUUCCCUCCGCCGCUAACCGUGCUCUCUGGUGAAUCACGCCUCCGUGUCGUGAGCGAAAGGGACGACGGAAGGCUGCUUCUCUUCUCUGUGAAGCCAUCCCUCCUCGUCAUGGCCGAAAGAAAAGAUGGCCGACUCAAACUCCGACUAGUCUCCACUGAGCCGGUGGGAGUUGAUGAAGGGGGGGAACAGACUGAACCAGAUGAGAAAAAGGCGCCAUUAAUAGAAGAUGAUGAUAAAGAGGAUAGGGAAGAAGCUGUAGAACAGAGAGACGAAGAGGGAGGUGCUGACUGGGAAGCAUACAAGGCGUGGAGGGUGCAAGGAAGAAGAAGGUGGUGGUGCUGGGUGUUUGAGGAGGAAUUCGAACACGAAGAGGCUGCUGCAGUUGGACGUUGA